AUGCGAACUUGUUACUACGAGCUCCUCGGCGUCUCAUACGACGUUUCACCCGAUGAUUUAAAAAAAGCUUACAAGAAAAAGGCUUUAGAAUGGCAUCCAGAUAAGAAUCAUGGCAAUGUAGAAGAAGCGACAAAAAAAUUUGCUUUAAUACAAGAGGCAUAUGAAGUGCUUUCCGAUCCGCAUGAACGGGCGUGGUAUGAUGGACACAAAGAACAGAUAUUACGAGACAACUCUGAUGCACUGUACGAGAGUUCUCCGUCCUAUCAACCACGAGCUCCAGCAGUAGCAGGCACCACGGUUGACGAUCUGAUGAGAUAUUUUACUACAUCAUGCUACAACGGAUUUGGGGAUGAUCGUAAGAGCUUUUAUACAGUCUAUGGGACACUAUUCGACCAACUCGCUGCAGAAGAACGAGCUGCGUUCGAUUAUAAUAGAAAUGCCAACCAAGCUGAUUAUCCAAUGUAUCCAUCAUUUGGGGAUAGCAACACGCCAUUUAAAAAUAAUUCGGGUAAUGGGAGUCCAAUAAAGUCAUUCUAUAAUGCGUGGUUGAAUUUCACGACAAAUAAAAGCUUCAUUUGGCUCGAUAAACACAGACUGUCUGAGGCACCCGAUAGAUAUUGGAAGAAACUUAUGGAAAAGGAGAACAAACAGACCAGAGAAUCUGGGCGUGCAGAGUAUAAUGCAACCGUACGGCAAUUAGUAGAGUUUGUCCGCAAACGUGAUCCUCGCUACAAGAAAUAUAACGAAUUUAUUUCAGAACAGAAUGCUGCUAAAUAUGAUGAGGCCAAAAGGCGUGCAGCCCGUGAUCGUGCAGAACACAUCGCUAGCUUACAGCAAUAUACCGAGCAGGAAUGGGCUAGAGUCGACACUGAAGAGGAAGAGGUUAUUGAAACAGACGAUGAUGAGAUAGAAGAGGAAUACGUGUGUAUUGCGUGUAAUAAGAGUUUUAAACAUGAAAAGGCAUGGAACAGUCAUGAGCGUAGCAAAAAGCACCUGAAAAACUUGUGGGUAUUGCAGCGAAUUAUGAAAGACGAUGCAAAUGUGAGUGACCCUAAUGACGAAGAGGACCCUGAUAAGGGCGACGACGAGACCGGGAACGGAGUUGGUAAUGAUGUUGAUAGAGACGAUACGCCGCAGGAUCAGGGCGAAGAUGCACCCAAAAUUGAUAACGUCUCAGUCUCUUCAACGAGUCCCAGGAAAUCGAAAAAGCAGAAGAAAAAACAACGUAAGCCCAAUUGGGGCCACGAAGAUAUCAAUGAGGAGGAUCAAUCAGCUCCUGUCGCAAAAACGUCGGACGAUGAACUAGCAGAAGCUAUGGCAUCUAAUGUCAAUAUCACAGAUGAAGGUAGUCAUCUAACAACAAGGAGUGCAUUCGAAGAUGACGAAUACUCGAAUCCGGGAGAAACGAGCGAAAUUGCACAAAUGUAA